AGCGGGUCCCGGAUAGAAAGGCCGAGGGGCUGAGGAGGGAAAAAUGGAAGGAGCGGUUGAGAGAAGCAGGGGCUGCGGAAGAGGGGUGGGUCGCCAACCCGAAGGAGAAAACGGGACUAGGAUAGAGAAGAGGAGAAGGCUCAGUUCAGUGGUGCCCAGCUGCGCUUUUUGUAAGGGGGUAUUCCCCCCGCCCCCCGAAAAUCAUGCCAAGAAAGUAAAGCCUGCUAGGAUCCUUUUGUUGCCAAGUCACCUUGAAGCCUUUUUACAUCUUGCUGUGUCUCCUGUGGGUUUAGAAACGUCUUAAGAGUACCAUCACGUGCUUUAUAAAUAACAAAUAUAUAAGGGGGAGUUCCUUAAGCCCCUGCAGAACAAAAGCCGCAAAACUCACUGCAGUCUGUUUUCUUUCUGGAAGUACCUCUACAAAGUCCACAGUACCAGAGAGGGCAACUGUCAGAAUACCGAAAGGAAACUUCAUUUAUUGGACUCUAAUCUGGAGGCAGGACUCUAAUUUGGAGAACCGGAUUUGAUUCCCCACUCCUCCACUUGAAGCCAACUGGGUGACCUUGGGUAUUUUCAACUGCUGGUUGUUUGUGCUGAAGGCAAUUGAUAGCAGUAGCGACGUGCUGAUUCCCAAAGGAGACGAAAUAUUUACAGAAGGCACAGAAGUAAACAGGAUGUCUGUGAUCAGCACCCUGCCGUUCCGCAAACCUAUUCACUUCAGACCUCUGCGGAACUCUCCUGGACGCCAGCGCCGACACACUCUUCCUGCCAGCGAGUUUCGGUGCCUUACACCUGAAGAUGCUGUUAGUGUAUUUGAAAUAGAGAGAGAAGCAUUUAUUUCUGUAUCGGGAGACUGCCCUCUCCACCUGGAUGAGAUUCGCCACUUCCUGAACCUGUGUCCAGAGCUGUCACUUGGCUGGUUUGAAGAAGGGCGACUAGUUGCUUUCAUUAUUGGUUCUCUCUGGGAUCAGGAAAGACUCAGCCAGGAUGCUCUCACUCUUCACAAGCCCCAUGGCUCCACAGUCCACAUCCAUGUUUUGGCAGUGCAUCGCACCUUCCGCCAACAAGGCAAAGGCUUCAUCUUGAUGUGGCGCUACCUACAGUACCUAUGCUGCCUACCAUAUGUUCGACGAGCUACAUUGAUGUGUGAGGACUUCCUCAUCCCUUUCUAUGCCAAAUGUGGUUUCAAAGCACUAGGCCCUUGUGUGGUCACUGUAGGCUCAUUGAACUUCAUUGAGAUGCAAUAUGCCAUUCAUGGCCAUGCAUUUAUGCGCAGGAACAGUGGCUGCUGAGGUCAUGCCUCAUUUCCCCCUACUUUCUAGCUUGUGGUGUUGCUGAUUGGCAAUCUCUUUUCAAGUGGAACCCACCAAGGUGUAAGGGAGUCCUAUUGUUGGGUCACCAAGUUACGUUUGCUAGGCACAACCUGGUACCAAGGCCUUCCACAUCAUUGGUUGGUCAGGCAAGUGACCUCUCACAAAAUAAGAGUCGCUGAGAUACUCUUAGUAAUUCUGGCACCCACUGCUACAUUCAUAUUGGUAUGUCAGCAACAGAUAACAUGUUAGCUCAAACUCGACCAUCACUGCUGUCAUUUCCAUAAAAAAGCAGAAAUAUAAGAGCUGACCUUCCUAUUUUUCUUGCUUAGACAGCUAGACCUCAGUCCAGCUUUCUUCUAACUUGUGUCUUAACUGGCUUUGCUCUGUAAGCAUCAUGAUUCAACAGAUGAGGGAACAAAAGCUACAGUAUCCCCAUCAGUCAGUCAUUUUCAACUAAAGUGUGCAAGCACCAAAAAACUGGUGUCAUAUACCCAUUACGCUUUCUUCCUGAGGCAAGAGUACUUAAGUGAUUUGCUGUGGAUUUUGCAGUUGAGCAUCUGGUGAUUUUCAGCAUGCCUCCAUAGUAGUUAGCAAUAGGCAGUAAAUAAAUGAAGGAUCCCUUGUUCAUAGCUGUAUGUAUCCCUUAGGUAUUGCCACUGCUGUAAUCACGAUACUGAUUAUUACAUCUUUGUGCUGUAAGGCAAACUUCAACUACAAAAUCAAUAUCUGCAUACUAGGGAAUCACCACACUCUCAGAAUGUGGCUUUGCUAGUGAUAUUUCUGAUUUUCCUGAGAUUAAUAGAACAGUUAAGAAAACAUCUGUUAUAUUUGAAUGCCUUAUAAAUAUGCAAGAAGCUGCACUUGCUAAAGCUAAGUGUCCCACUUAUCCCAAGAGUGAAGGACACCUCAUACUAGCUUUCUUUAAAAGAAAGCGGUUUUUCCUCCUCUCAGGUGUCAGAACAGAAUUACAUACUAGAAUCAGUUGUGAGGUUUUGAAAGCUUUCUCUCUGCUGCUAAGAGGCAGUGCAAACUGCACUAUGCUUGCCUCCUGUCCCCCGCCGUUGUGAGGGACCUAUUAAACUUGAAUGUUUUAUCCUCAUCUGUGAAUCAGUGCAUUUAAGACAAGCUUUGAUGUGCAUUGAUUCAGUUAGAUGAAGCACUCUGCCUAAUGGCUGUAAUCUCCCUGGACGCAGGAGUGGGGAACGAGAAUGCUAAUGCACGAGGUGAAUGGUAGGAGUCAAUGUUACCAGUGAACAACAGAAGGGAGCGCCGCUGGGUAAACCAAACUGAUGAUGGUAAUAUUCUAAACUAGCACCUACUGUAGUACUUGCCACAUAUCUCUGUAUCACAUGGCUUUUGAGAUCAGAUAAAACCUUGCAACGUUUUCUGCCCCUUAAAACUUAGAAGCCUCAGUGGAGUUUGAACUUCAUCCAACCAGAGGGACAGAUACUGAAUGUGUGUUCAGUAUAGAUUGUCAGAACUGUGGCUGCUCUGAAUCAAGUAUAGCUACAAUGUGUAAUAGAAGAGAUGGGGUUAUUUUGAAAGCUCAGCUAACACUGUACUGUUGGAGAUUAACACAAGCUAGGCUAUACUACCUAAGAAGGUGGCAGUAUCUAAUCAUAAGGGCCACCCUGGAAGAGAUCUGUGGUCAAUCCAGGCCAGCAACCAAUUUCACAGAAGAUAGUUUCAAGUGGGUAGCUGUGUUGGUCUGCAGUGGAACAGCAAGAUUCAAGGCCUACCUACUCCCAUUAGAACCUACCAAAUCUGAUGGAGCUUUGGACUCUUGAAAGCGUAUGCCCUGAAAAUCUUGUUGAUGGAGUUGGAUCUUGUUAUUUCAGAGUGGUCAACCAGUUGCCCUAGCGGGCCAGCACACAGGACAUAGAAGCCUUCAUGUUGGCUUCUAACACAGGGUUUGAGAGGUUUGCUGCCCCUGAAUAUGGGUUUUUUGUUUACUCACCAUGGAAAGUAUCCUUUGAUAGAUUUAUCCU